CUACGUCUUGCAUUUCCACAGUUCAGACCCUCUGAUUCCACGAACGUCUUCAUUUGGCGUGGUCACAGUUUCUCCAGAGCUUCCGGAAGGAGUCUUGUUAUAUCUGUUCAACUGAAGUGUUCUUACUCAGGAUUGUUGGGCCCGAACGCAGAAUGAGGCCAUGCUCAAGUCAUCGAGUAGCAUGGAUUCCGCAGACACAUCUAAUGCGAUGCCCACAUCAAAGAGUACACGAGGUUGUCUAGUGUGUCGCUCACGCAAGGUGAAAUGCGACAAAUCAGUCCCAGCUUGUCAUAAUUGCGGGCGUCUGGGAGUACAAUGCCCUGGAUACGAAGAACAUAAUCGUCCAUCCUCAGCAGACGUCCUCUCGUCCGUGGAGACUGUGUACCGCACCUCUGGUAUAGAGAAAAGAAGAGUAGGUUCUUGCGAGGAUUGCCGGAAAGCCAAGAGGAGAUGCUGUCGAAGUCGCCCCCAGUGUCGCCAGUGCAUUCGUCGAUCUCAGACAUGCACGUAUAUAUCUGGAAGCAAUCAGCACAUUCAAGCCGAAAGGGGCAUUUCCUCCCCGUUGGCGGGCCCAGAGAGCAGUCAUUCAAUGUUGGACCGUUCAUCCAUUUCCAGCCAGACAACUGUCACUGCUUAUGGGUCUGACGGUGUUCAAUGGCUCUUCGCCGACACGAUCCCAACAGAUCGGAAACUGCAAUUAUUACUUGUUAAUCUUUACUUUGAUCGCGUUUCGACCCUGCGGUGCCUGGGAUUCAUACACAAGCCUUCUUUCUUGCAAGCCUUUGAUCGCGGGUUGGUCCUAGAGAAGUACGGAGAAGCGUUGCUAUACACUAUCUGCGCUCUAGGAGCAAAGAUCUAUGUGCAAGACAAUAUCCAGCAAUUUGACUCAUACUCUGAUGCCGCUCCUGGCUCCUUGUGGGUGGAGAAGGCCAGAGAAAUGGCGUUGCGAGAAAUUUCACGACCUUCGCUGAAGACGUUGAUGUCCAUGAUUCUCAUCUGCGAAUACUGCCUCAGGACAGGCGACAACGCUCUUGCUUUCGUUAUUUGGGGCAUCUGCUACCAGAUAUUGCGCUUGCUGGGCCUGGACUCCCCAAGCAGAACGACACCUGAUCUUACACAAAGAGAAGCAGAGCGCAGGGCGCUGUGGUCGUGUUUUAUACUGGACAGUGUGAUUGGUUCCGGGGUUGAUGAGAACCUACACUGGCACGACGAAGUCCCCCGCGUGCCUUUACCGUGUCCCGACCACAUGUUCGUCUCACAAAUAGCGUUUACAGGACAAGAAGUCCCCGCCUUUGAUCUCUUCAUAUCGCCAACUGGGCUGCGUCAACUGGAUAUCAGGGCUCAAGUCGUCUACCUGGCGUUCGUCAGGACGAAAGUCCUUAGGGUCAUCCGGCACAAAGAAGGACAGAGACACAUCUGGUCCCCAGAGUCUUCCUUCCUGAAGAUCAUAGAAGACCUUGAGAUUUGGUACGACGGCCUGCCGGAGCAAUUCCAACUGACAGACUUGAAUCUCUAUGUGCAAACCGAGACGAAUAUCAUUGGGGCGGUAUUCAUGCUGCACCUUCUUUACCAUUCAAUUGUGGCCGACCUGACGAGAGUUGCGCUACCGGGAUUUGACUUCCCUCUUUCGUCCGCGCUUCGGACAGCACCAAACAGCUUUCGAAAGCAAUGUCAACAGAGAUGUCGUUUCCAUGCGGACCAAGUUUCUCAAUUAAUUCAGAAGGGUCUUGUCCAUGGAACAAGAGCCUUCGACGACUUUCAUUGCGCCGUGGCUGCAUUUGAGUCGGCCAAGAUCCAGAUCGUCCACACGUCUACUGUCACGUCUAACAGCGCCGAAGAACGAAAGAAGACUACGGACAAUGUCCGGUUCAAUAUUAAGCUAUUGAACAUGCUGAAAAGGGACAGAUCAAACCCGUUUCAAAGCCUCGUACCUUUAUUGGCGAGAUUUGGGUUUCACGAGCUCCUGGCCGAGUUCCCAUCUUUCUCGAGACAGGCACAACAUGGGAACGGGGAUACUGGCGAAGUGACCGGGCCACCGGAAGCUAGCUACCUGAGCAACGCGGCAGCAUUUCGCCUUGCGCAGGCCGCAGUUCGCACGGAACACCGACGACGAGAGGUGUCCACGCUCUCGCCCGUGGAAAAUGUUACGCAACCACCCUUUCCGCCUCCAGUCACCUACGAGCCCAGUCAAUGGGAUGUACGUGGCCCAGAGGGCCGAGCGGAUCAGUUCGCCCCUGCAGAGCACGGCACCACAGGCUAUGGCGCUCGUACUGGGUCCCAGUAUCUCGACCACAACGAGUCCGUGGCUGCUACGUUUCCUGGUGUUGGUCCAUUGGAUGACCAGUCGAUGUUUUCGGUCGAGGAGUAUAUCCAACUCGCGGGAGAAAUGUCCAACUAUCUUACGUGGGAUGGCUUAGAGACUCUGGACCCGGUCCAAUUCUAGCUGGAAGGCUCGGAAGCGACAGACAAAGUCUAUUCGUCUAAUGUUCUCUAGCAGUGGCUGAAUUGAUCAUUACAUGAAUCAACAA